UGCACUUUGUAAGAGCUGCUGUUGCUGGCCUCUUGUGCACCCUGUUCCUGCACACAGAGCAGAUUAAGGUGUGAUGGCGUCUCAGACAGAGGUUCCCUUCUGCCUGAAAGAUGGCAUUAUUCAGCUGCUGAAACCUCAGAGGGUUCAGUUUAUGAGGUUUGUGCAUCUCAACCAGUCCAAGGAUCGGUCAGAAGGCAGAGUCCUUGUAAUGACACAAUGGAGGGCUACUGUAUUUCACAACAAGCAGCCAGUGAAGGUGGAGAGCUCCUUCAGCUAUUUAGAGAUCUAUGCCAUCAGUAUUGAGAGUCACGAUCAGGUGACUAUUGAAACAGACAAACAGAUUUAUUCUCUCAGCGUGAUGUCACUGGAGGAUCUGGAGGCUGUGGUCAGUCAUGUGGCAGCUUCACUCAAGAAAAUCUUCCCUGAUUCAACACCAGGGAAACUAUUAAAGAAAGUUCCUCCUGAUCUUCAGGAGAGGUUGUGGGGCCUGACCUCUAAAGUUGAAGAGCAGCUGAAUGGAACGCAGAGGCCAUGUGGGGGAUUCUCAGACACAUACGCUGCGCUGUGCGACUUCAACGACUUUCCAUGUCGCGAGGAAGUCCAGUGGGACGUAGACAAUAUCUACCAUGUUCAGAAUUGUCGGGAAUUCAACCUUCUGGACUUCAGUCAUUUAGACAGCAGAGAUCUGGCAUUGGCUGUAGGUGCACUGUCCUUCAACCAGUGGUUCACCAAGAUCUACAGCAAAGAUUUUAAAAUGACACUAGAUGUUCAGGAGCAAGUGAUCUACCUCAUCAGCAGGUCCACAGCUCUGCAGGAACUGAGCCUGGAGUCCUGCGGACUUAAAAUGGAUUUUGCUGUAAAGAUGGCUUGCGCUCUUCAUGACCAACCUUUCUCUGUACUGCGUGCCAUCAACCUGUCAUCUAACCCCAUAGAGGAUAAAGGUGUAAUGGGGCUCAGUCAUAGUUGGAUGCGACUGUCUCCUGGACUCAGUCAGCUCUAUCUGUCCAAGGUCUCUCUCUCUCCUAAAGGACUGGGCAGUGUCGCUCAGGUGCUCUACCAGAACAAAUCUUUCUCAAAAUCACUAACACAUCUGGACCUGAGUGGGAAUGCAGGAUGUCUGGCUACAGAGGAUGCUGUGAGUCUCUUCAAGUUCCUGUCGACCUCCAACGUUGUGUCCCAUCUGGACCUCAGCUCUACUGACUGCCCUUUGGACACUCUCUUUGUGUCUCUCUCUGCUGGUUGCUGCACUACUUUAACCCACCUCAACCUCUCCAGGAACACUUUCUCCCAUAGGAAGGUACGGGAGGUAACACGAAGUGUGAGAGACUUUUUCACAAAGAGCAUGGAGCUGAAGUAUGUUGGAUUGUCUGGCACUAGACUACUUCCAGAAGCCCUGAGGUUAUUACUCCAGGGGUUGGCUGCCAACAGUCAUCUGUCUGAGCUGGAAUUGGAUAUUAGCAGCUGUGAGCUGAGGUCCACGGGAGCACAGGUCAUUCAGGAGCAUAUCUUUGAGGCAAAGGGUAUCUGCAGCCUGGAUCUCUCUGACAAUGGCUUUGAGAAUGACAUGGUGACGCUGGUGCUCUCCAUCGGCCGCAGUCAUUCAAUACGGCACCUAGCCCUUGGACGCAACUUUGCCAUGAAAUCUAGAGCUCUAACAGAUGUUCUGCACCGAAUCGUACAGCUCAUUCAGGAGGAGGAGUGUCCAUUGGAGUCUCUGUCAGUGUGUGACUCCAAGCUGAAGACAGGCACCACCAUCCUCAUCAACAGCCUGGGCAGCAACUCCAUCCUCUCCAAAAUUGAUAUCAGUGGAAACUGUAUUGGAGACACUGGUGCUAAGAUGCUAGCUAAAGCUUUGAUUAUCAACACCAAACUAAAAACACUGGUUUGGGACAGAAACAAUGUGACUGCCACAGGCUUUAUGGAUGUGGCCAAUGCUCUGGAGAGGAACACCACACUACAGCACAUGUCCAUACCCAUGAGUGAUAUGACUCAGUCCUACCGCACCAACCCAGAGAAGACUGAAGAGGCGAUGAGGAAGAUCCAGGCGUGCUUACGGAGGAACAGUCAGAAGCUGUGCAUUACAUCAGACGAAAUGCUGAAUCUUCAGCAGGGUCUAAAGACCAGCCGAUCAGAACAGCUAGUGCAGAACUUCUGUCAGAGGCUUCAGGAGACCAUGAGGCCACUGGCCUGCUACAACAUCCAAGAAGUUCAGAGCGACAUCUUGUCUGCAGAGGAAGCUCUCCAACAUGCCAGGACAGCCAUUGUAUUUCUACCCAGACUCUAUGAGUUGGGAAGGUCGCCCUCUGCUGGUGUGAUGGUGCAGCACAUUCUGGAUGACACAGCCAAAGCUAUAACCAGUGAGCUGACUGAGGAAAUCCAGGAGCAGGCUCAGGCCAUGCUGCAGUCUGCACAGUCUGCCUGCCCUCGGGUCGUCCAGAGGACAAGUGUGAGCGAGCAACUGGCCAAUCGCGUGGCCAACAAAACACGACAGGCUGCCCAUUUUGUCCAGAGCACAGUACAACAAGCAGAAAGCAGUAUUAAAGAAAAGCUCAGUGAACUGAAACUGUCAGUCAGCGUCUCUCUGGUGGAGAGUAUCAUUGAGGAAGUUCUGCAGGACUUGUCAGUGGCACAGCAAAAACUGGAGAAGCAUUUAAAAGAGUACUCCCAGCCCUUAAACAGCAAGACCAAUGUCCCACAGCUAAGAGUGGUGGAGCAAGUGUUCCCUACUGAUGAGUAUGUGCCUGUUAUCUGGAGGAACAGUUUCUGCACCCGGAGCAUCCGUCCUGCCCCAUCAGUCAAAAGUCUGCUGGAGACGGAAGGCGAGCAGCAAGCACGAGCGAGUGCGCAGUCCCAGCAGGAGAUGGAGGGAGACAGAGAGUCAGGAAUAGGAGGAGGAGGAGGGGUGUUGUCAUUGGCAACUGGCCUGUCCGUCACCACAAGCCACACCCAGCUGGGUAGGGAGGUGGAGUUUGGUGGCUGUGGCGCUGGUCCUGUGGCCGCUCGUAGCAGCAGAGAGCCGCGGCGUCCUGAGCCCUCGCCUCCUCAGCCCCCUAUGGACCUGCCCAGCGAAGGCCACACGCUGAGGCACUACACCCGAUCCAGGCCCCGACCCCAUCGCCACCACAGGCAACCACCCAGCAAGCCGCAGUUUCUACAGGAGAACCACAUACCCUGGUGUAGCCCAUUGUAUUUGCAUGUACAGUAUCUCACAAAAGAGCAGGCAGCUGAGAAUGAGAAUGAAGCCAAUGAGAAUAUGGGGAGGGUGGACGAGGGCGUAGAGGAGUUCUUCACCAAGAAGAUUAUCCCUGAUGACCCCCUAAAGCACCAGAGGGAGGUUCCCCUCAAUAAAGCACAGCCUACAGAGUCUACCGGUGGCACGACUUCCCCUCCGACCACCACCUCGACAAUCUCCAUGACUUCCACAGCCCCCACAAAAAACAUAAAGAAGAAGUUUGGUGACUUUUUCGCCUUCAAGAAGGUCCGUGCAGGUCGAGGAACCAAAAGCGAGGGUGCCCCGGAGGGAAAGGUCAAAAAGACUUCAAUAGCAGACCUCAUCCGCCCACUCCGGGAGGCCGCACGUGCUGAGAAAGAGCGCGAGAAGGAAAAGGAGAGAGACAAGGAAAAAGAGCGUGAGAAAGAAAAAGAAAAGGAGAAGGAGAAAGUGGAAGAAGAGAGCAUCCACAAGGCAACCAGCACUACUCCCACCAUCACAGAUUCAUCCGCCACAGUACCAACUGUAGAUGACAAAAUGGCACCGUCACCCCUCUUCAUGCCACUUUCUGCCCCAUCAGCUGCCCCUGCCUCCACCCUUACCCCUCCUGCCUCCUCACCUGCCAAAACUGAAGGAGUUCCAACAUUGCCCCCUGCUGCACCCCUGACCCCAACCAAAACUCCUAGUCCAGUAACAUCCAUGUUGCCCUUGGAGGGAGAGAAGAGCCGGACCUUAGAGAAGAGCCGAACCCCUGAUGGGGAGAGGAGACCCAAGGUUACACGCCGCUCACUUCGAGAGGGCAAGUCUCAGUCUCUUAUCCUGCUUACAGGGUUGGAGCCAGGGCAGGACUCUGCAGCUACACAAGCUAAGAAACACUCAUCUGAAAGCUCCUCCACUUUUGAACAGCGGCUCCAUGUUAUGCUGCACCGCAUGGGGGUCGCCAAGACACCUCCCUUCGACUCCAAAAAGAGUCAGAGCAAAGAUGAGGAGCUGAGAAAAGCCAACUCAGAAGGGGCAAUACUGGACAGCCAGCCUGAACCUCCACCCAUGAAGCCACGCACCAUGUCCACCUCCUCAGACACCAGACGGCCAGUGCGAGCAGCCAACACAGAACGCCCGCCACUCCCAGAUCGACCUAUAGGCCCUUUACCUCCCAAACCGACCCUCAAACCCACCUUUAUCCCCCCGGGUGAAACUCCUGCAGCCUCCAGGACCAUCUCUCCAAUCCCCAGGCAGCCAAGUCCUUCUCCAGAUACUCCAACAACAGUGGUGGAGAGUAGAACUUCCUCACAGUCUCAGACAAAGGAGCCUCCAACCCCUUCUCCACGAAAAGAGACACCUCCAGCUCCUUCACCACGUAGGGUUCGUAGCACAGACCCCCAGGAGAGAGCAGAAAGAGCACACUCUGUUACUGAAGAAACUCUCCCCAAACCGUGGCCUCGCAUGAAGCCCUCACCUCAGCGCCGAGCUGUCUCCGUCCAUGAGGAUGCCCUACUCCAGCAUGCUGCCCUGCUCGAUCCUGAGGAGCUGAAAGCUGCAUUGCCCCGACUACAGAGGUCACCAAUACGGAAGCGGGUAACCCUUGGGGAGCUGGAGCCCUGCUCUGAGGAUCUGCCUGAGGGUGAGGAAGCUAAAACAGCAGCGAGAGAACAUCACAGAGGACAGGCUGAAGGGACAGACAGCACUACUGCCAACGAUGGCCAGCCUGAUAAGAGUAUAGGUGGGAUGGGUGAUGAAGAGACCAUCCUGGAGAGGGGGCAGUCAGUCUCUGAAGAGCACACAGCACAGGGAGAGUCAUCAGACCAAAGAACUGAAACCCCUUCACCUGAGACAAACGUGGACUGAGCCCUGUGCAAAUUCUAUUUUCUAUCAUGUCUACCUUUGCCUUGCACGUCAUAUUAUGUACAAAAGAAUGAAUUAUGAACAAAUGUUUUAAAAAAAGAAAAAAGAAGAGUAAUUCAUUACAUAUACUUGUUAAUAAUUAUUAAAAAGUGAAUACUGUUGUGUCA